UUCAGUGAAAAAUGUCUUAUUGAAUGAGCAAGUGUGCUUCAAGGUGACUGGAGGGAGUUAACUUUAAUACUAAUUGUAAUAUAAUGGGGUGCCUUUUUUCCCCAAGCUGUGAGAUAAAUAGGUAAAUGAGAAAUAAAGUUCAGUUCUCUUCAGUUCAGGCACCUACUAAUUUUAUAUAUAUAGAGAGAGAGAGAGAGUGUGUGUGUAUAUGUGAUAUGUAUAUUUUUAUACAUUAUAUAUAUAUAUAUGUUUUAAUUUAAGGUUGCAAAUCCAAACGAUCAUUUCACGGAAGUAACUUUUUUGAAGAUUGAAUGUCUGAGAUUAGAAGCCAACUUUUUGGCUAGUAGAGUUCCUCGAGUAUCCAAAGCUAGCUCUAGCUACGUUCAAUAGAUGAGUGUCGGUGCUAAUGCCCAAGUUAGGCAUCAAAUGAACCUGCAAACAAGUUUCCUGCUGGCUCUGGUUUUGUAGGUGUUUUCUAGCCUUUGUCUCCCAAGGUGCUUGGGUUAGGAUCCUUUCAGUCUCAAGAGAGCCGUGAGCUGGGGUGCUUUAGCAGGAACUGCAUGUGAAAUACUUAAAUUUGGCGAUUCUGUGGAUCAGGUUUGGUAGUGAUAUUCAGCUUUGCUAACAGUUAAUUCUUACACAUCUGUUCUUCCUUGGAAGAUCGGAGUUCAAAGCUUUCUCUAAGCUAAUGAAUCCUCAGCUGUAUUUUGCCUACUACCGUGUUUUGUAGAGUGUACGUUUACGGAGUGUAUUUUCAGGUUCCACACUAGUGCUAGAUACGAGUUGGCUCUGUCUGUACAGGUUUUGAAUCUGUCCAGUGGCAGUGAGGAGACUGUGGAUCCUGAGAAUGUGUGGAAUGGUAUUCCUGACUGGGCUUGCAGAUCAUCUGAGGUAUGCUGGUUGUAGUAGCUGAAAACUGGGGAGUAAGAGGGGGAAGGGAAAAAGCACAGACUUUUAAAAAUGGCCUUCUAAGUUUAGCUGUGAUUGCGUUGCCGUGAGAAUAGAAAGGCAAAGCAGUUAAGUGAUCACGUUGUUUUUUGUGCUCUAAAAGAUUUAUGUAAGCCGAUAAAAUUUUUAGCCAUUUGGACUAACGAUAGUGAAUUCAGUCUGGGUGUAGUGUAGUGAACAGUGCUUGGAUGAAGAAAUGUUACUGGAAGGCUACUGUUAGUCAAGAAUUUUAGAAUAAUGCUGGAGAUGUAUGGAGUCUCACAAAUCACGCUAGCAGAGUAUGUAACUGGUCCAUUUUGAAAAAUACUUCCUAAUUACUUGGAAUAGAAAAGAGAAUGAGGUUUUGAACAGUGUUGUUCAUGAAGCACAAAACCAAUGAAGAAUUCUUGUCUAGAAUCUAAAACCAGUUGAUCAGCAAUGUUACUGAAGAUGAUAGCAGAAUGCAUUUCCAGUUCAUUGUUUGUAUAUAACUUUUGCCUGGAAGCAAAAAAGGGAAAAGGCACUUGUAGUGAGUUAUAGGAGGAAAACAGGGCUGAGUAGGAGUCCAGCAGUGCUGAUGUAACAAGUUAGUGUAGUAUUGAAAGAAAUGCAUCAAUGGAAAACUAUUUUGGGCAAUUGUGCCUGCACUUCCUAACAGAAUCCCCCUUUGUUUAGGCAGUUGCCCAUGCAACAGAUAACUUGGAGUCCUUACGAGAGGAGUCAGUGCUUCAAGACGCUGCGUGAUGCCUGUUAAGAUAAGAGGAGCUGAUACCUCAGAGGACACGCACUAAACGACGUUGCACUGAUAGCAGGUAUUUUCUGAAACGUGCAGCAUGACAGAGCUUCACGAAGCUGUAGCUUCGGGAGAUUAUGACCUAGUGGAGGAGAUUUUGAAGAAAGGGCGCUGUGAUCCGAAUUACAAAGAUGUCGACUGGAACGACAGGACCCCACUGCACUGGGCUGCUGCAAUAGGGCAAUCAGAGUUGAUUAAGCUGCUUGUGGCUCACGGGGCUCGGCCUUGCUUGAGAAACGAUGUGGGUUGGACCGCGGCUCACUUUGCUGCCGAGUCCGGACGACUGGGUGCGCUUCGGACCCUUCAUUCCUUGCACGCGGCCAUGGAUGUGGCCGAUCUCUUUGGCGAUACUCCCAAGAGGCUUGCGGAAAUCUACGGGCACAAAGACUGCUUCAAGUUCUUAGAAACAGCAGAGGUGGAGAGCAGAAACUAUCGCUGGACGGCCUCAAUGAAAGGAAUCUGCUUAGAUCAGACAGAUGAAGAGUGGGAGCUCAAGAAAGAAGAGCUUGAGAGAAACUCGCUCCGCGCUCAGGAGAACUAUACACCCUGUACUCAGAAGAAAAACAGAAAAAAGAGGGGGAAGCAAUAGUGCACUUUGGUGCCACUGAGAACUUGCAACGUGUGCUAAAGACACUGGCAAAGCCAGGAUGCAUCUGCAGGGUGAAAUGUGGAUGAAUGGAAAAGGCAGAUGGCCACAAGAAGAUACCUUUAUGAUGUGCUGUACAUAUGGUUAUUAAGAGGGAGUAGGUAGAAGUGCUUCCUCUAUCUGCAUGUCUGUAUCUCAGAUCUCAAAUAUGAGAAAACUGCAGAUGGUAUUUAAAUAUACUAAUAUUCUAAUCCACUGAACAUGUAUAAAACUACAGAAAUGGCAGCAGCUGCCCUGAAUGCCUGGGAGGGAAAUGUGUUUAGUCUCUCUUGAUCAGGAAGCUCCUGGGACGGUGGUUCUGCUGACUGGUGAUCUCCAUGUCUUUGCUUGUUUACUUCAGGUCCUGAGUUGAGCAGGGGUCUAUGGGAGCUCCAAGUCCCUAGUGGUGCCUCUGCCUGUUGUGUGGGAGGGGGAUCAAGUUGCCUCUUCUGGUGUGAAGGGAGACUGACGUUGACCCUUUACUGGACACAUGAGUCUGACAGCCUGCAUCUAUGAUUUUUGGUCCAGAAAAAGGGAAAAUGUGCUUCCUGUUACUGCUUUCAGACAUCUGUGACUGCCAAGACAGUUAGAGCACUGCCUUAUUUUUAGUAAUGUACCUAGCCUUUUUAACGUCUGUGUUCACAGGAAUGCUGUGAACAAGGCCUGAGCUAUCUCACCGCUUAUCAGAGCUUUUUAAUGUUAACACAUCUUUUAACUGUUUCACUUUUCAAUUAUUAGAAAUACUUGGACUAUGACUCGUUUGACCCAAACCAGUUUUCCAGACCAUGUCAGCGUUUGGCAACCAUUCAUACUGACUGCUGACAGUCUUCUGACAUCUUUUAUGUGUCCGCUUUCUUCCCUUCCCCUCUGCUUCCCCUCCGCUAGCCAGACCUGAUGCUUCUGGAUAGCUUUGUUUACACAUAUCCUCCACACCCAGCCACAGCACUCAGGCAUUUAAAUCACAUCCAAGGACUCUGUGAUUCACCUCCCACUCCUAGAUUUCCAGGGAUCAAUUAGCCACCUGCGCAGAGGUGUCUAAUGUCGUUUGAGAUGCUCUCAGGUACCCAGGCUGAUCCUGCAGGUCUCCAGAAGAUCCUAUGUUAUAGCUCCUAACCCUGUGCAGAUGCGUUGGAAACCCCGGGACUUCUCAGAUUAUGCUAGAUGCCUAUGUUGAGGCAAACAAGCUUUGCCUUCUGCCAUUUGCAUUCUCAUUACUUUUAUCUAGACCACUCAAUCUGGCUGUUGAGUUAGUGACAGUACAAGUGGAGAGGUUUGUGGGACAGAGUACCUAUCACCAUACCACUAAAUAAACAGGCCUAUUUCCAGCCCUGAGGCCAUCUGGCAGACCACCCUGUAGCUGAGAAACUCUUUCUCUGGGCUGGGCAUGCCAUUUUGUCUCUCCUGAGAGCAUAUAGCUUUACUGUACAUGCUGUGGUUAUCCUGUUUUAUUGCCUAUCUCCUGCAGUGCCAGCUGGAUGGGGCUGGUGCAUGGGGCAGCAAUGCUGUGGUGGGCAUCAUGUUCAUGGGGGUUUCAUGGAGAUGAAAAAAGGUGCCUUCAUGCUCAGCCUGGUUUGCUGGGGCUGCAUUUUUCUGUGUAUGCUGGAUGUUAUUUUUGUUCGCUGAGUCUUGUGUUAUGUGAGCCCUGGAGGGGUGAUGUUACACAGGACAUGAGGAGAGAGCAUGAUCUUCCAUGGUCUUUUUGCAAAAGUGAUUGAGACUGUUGUAUGAAAGGACUGAUUGCAUAAGCAAUCACAGGGAAAGAAGGGAGGUGCAGUAGUGCCUGUCCUACAAGCGCCUUUCAGCUGGGGAGGUGUGUCCAGAUCACAGCAUCACAGACCGGUAGAGGUUGGAAGGGGCCUCUGGAGAUCAUCUAGACAAACCCCCCUGCUCAAGCAGGCUCAUCCAGAGCACGUUGCCCAGGCUUGUGUCCAGGCGGCUUUGGACUAUCUCCAGGGAAGGAAACUCCACCACCUCUCUGGGCAAGCUGUUCCAGGCCUCAGGCACCCUCCCAGGAGAG